GUCAUAACAAUGUCAAACAGAUUUCAUAUAUCCUUCUCAUACAGUUUAAAUUUGUAACGUAUAUUUUCUUCUGUUUGUAGUGUUGUGUUUCAUUUGUACCUCUUAUGUAUAUAAUUGAAAAAUUUUAAAUUUGCUUUAAUUCAAAGUUAAUUAAUUCAAAGUCGUUCAUUUCUCAAAAUGUGCUCGGUUUUAGACGAAUUACUAACUUUUAAUUUCAGUUCCUCGAUUGAAAAAGAUGUUCAAAAACUUAGAAAGCGAAUAGAUGAGCAGUUCUUCAAUUUAAGAAAAUUUAAAGACUCGGCAGAUUUUGUGCAUUUAGAAAAAGAGCGUCACCGUCAAGGAGAUGUGGAAACAAUUGUGGAUAAUUCUACUAAAAAAAAGAAACAAAACGAGGCAACACCCCUGGCAGAUAUCACACAAAAUGUCAUCCAACUCGAAAAUAUUACAGUUAAAAAGGAAAAGAUAUCCACUGCAGCCAGCUUGGAUUCCAUUUCCACUAUUUCUGACGUAUCCACUAGAG